AUGUGUGCAUGCGUGGUCUCUCGGGACUCUGCACAAUGUGUGAGUUCCAGAAGCACUGUGGUCAAGUGCUCGAUCACUGCCAACUGUGUCAAACCAGUCUCCAUUGUGCAUCACCUCAGAGCCAUCGCGAGGCACUUUAGACUCGGAAGACAAGAAGAUGCUCACGAGUUUCUGCGCUAUUUCAUCGAUGGACUGCAGAGGAGUUGUCUCCAUGGUUACCCGACUAAGCUGGACCCCCACUCCAAGGCAACCACUGUCAUCCACCAGAUCUUUAGCGGCUAUCACAGAAGUCAAGUGAAGUGCCUCGAGUGCCAGCGUACAUCCAACACGUAUGACCCCCUCCUGGACAUGAGUCUGGACAUCAAGAACUGCACGGCCCUCUCCAAAGCUCUCCACCGCUCCAUCAAACCAGACCUCCUGGAGGGAGACAACUCCUACGCAUGUCCAUACUGUAAGAAGAUGACCAAGGCUCAGAAACGGUUCACAAUCCAGCGUCUUCCUCGCGUGCUGACGAUGCAACUGAAGAGGUUUGACUUCAACUCCAUGUUCGGGGGCAAGAUCAACAAGACGGUGGCUUACCCUGAGCACAUCAACAUGAGGCCUUUCAUGAGCAGCACACAGGGCCCCAGUGAGUGGUACCGACUGUACGCAGUGCUGGUUCACUAUGGCUUCUCCUGUCACUCGGGACACUACUACUGCUACGUGAGGAACUCCAACAACUGCUGGUACUGCAUGAACGACUCGCAAGUCUCACAGGCUAGUUUGUCGACUGUCUUGCAACAAGAAGCCUACCUCCUGUUUUAUAUCAGGGACGAGAAUCACGCCCCUCCCAGUGGGGGGUCUUCCAAGUCACAAGCUGUGAGAAGUGAUCCUAAAUUCUUGUCCACUCCUAAAAAGGUGGCCAUUGGUCUCGACAAAACGGGUACACCCUUUGUAGAAGAAACCGACUGGAGUUGUCCCUCCGUCCCCCAAGAUCAUUACACCUCCCAAGAUGUCUUCAAAUGGAAAAAUCACGCACAACUUUAGCAUUCUGCUACAAAAAGCGUCAAUUCCCAUGUCACCCAGCAAGACCACGCCUACUUCGUUAGAAUCGAAUAAACCGGUGUUUGUUCCAAGACAGAUAAAGGAGCCGUAUAAAGUGAAGAGAAGUCAGAAAGAUAAAGUCAAAAAGAAGUUGGUUGUCCCUCCAAGUUUGUCGUCACUGCUCGAGAUGGAUGAAGACUCCAGGGAUGAUAUUCAACUCGCUGGUUCCAUCCAGGCUUCGAACGUUGCUUCCCCUAAAGAGCGACCAACCAGAUUCAUUGGCCCUUUGCUCCCUUCUCCGACACAAAUCUCAAAUGAAGAAUCUACCUCUGCUGUUGCUCUUGUGUCUCCAAAGUCCCAUACUGGAUCCAUGCUUGGGUCCGAUUCAGAGCCAACACAGUCCCAUUCUGGAUCCAUGCUUGGGUCUGGUUCAGAGCCAACACAAUCCCAUUCUGGAUCUAUGCUUGGGUCCGGUUCAGAGCCAACACAGUCCUAUUCCGGAUCCAUGCUUGGGUCUGGUUCAGAGCCAACACAAUCCCAUUCUAGAUCCAUGCUUGGGUCCGGUUCAGAGCCAACACAGUCCCAUUCCGGAUCCAUACUUGGGUCUGGUUCCAAACCAGUGGCGUUGGUGCGACCUAGCCCUCACAUCGAUGAUUCUAAAACAGAGAAAAAAAUUGAUCCUCCACCGACGAUCGAAUUCACACCUUCACGUCUUACACUCAAGCACACGCCCACACCUCCACUCAAACACACCCUCACGCCUCCACAUGUAUCUACAAACCACACCCUUCCUAACUCUUCGUCGCAAGAGUGGACUCCACUACUUCCGGAGAUGUUCUCACCUCUCCUAAACUGAUUCUGUACGGACCAGACCUCUCUAGUGAUCAUGUGACAUCUACCCUCGGACAGAAUACUCCCUCCCCGAAAUCAAACAGCAAAUUCAAAUUUAUCUCCUCUCUAAAACGCUCGAAGAAGAACAAAAAGAAAUGAUAUCGAAAGCGUUCACAAAGCGUUGAAGACAAAGACAAGAUCCGAAACAAAGAACAUAAGAAGCAUUCUGUCAGUAAAUCACCUUCUAGGGAGGGUGUCGAAUCGUCACGGAAACAUGACAGACGUCAAAGGCGCUCAAGAUCUCGUAGCCCUCGGAGAAGAAUCUCCCAUCCUCACACUGCUCCCGCUGUCCAUCAUCGUAGAUACCACUCGUAUCGUGAUAUCGAAAAGGUUAAGCGUUCUCGCUCUCGCUCUCUACAUCGAGAAAAUUGUACUCAAGUGGUUCUAGUGGCGAAAUAGUUAAAGGCCACGAUUCUGGUAGUGAAAGGGUUAAAGCCAUGAUUCUGGUGGUGAACUGGUUAAAGAGCAGCAUGGCGACGAGGAACGUCGACUCAAGAAGAAGAGAAAGAAGUAUCACAGUGAUGACAAGAGUCCUGGAGAGGAAGAGACACAAGUCUGAGAGCUCUGGGGAGAAUGGCAAGCAAGGCCCUGAGAUAGCCUGGGACAGUGGUAAGAAGGGCCAGCUGGCACAGUGGGACGGCCUCAGGCAGUCCGACGUGUUGGAGCAACUCACUAGUCAGGACAGACUGGGAG